AUCCUAUUCCAAAACCAGAGGGGGAGGGGAACAUUUUCUUUCAGAUGGUCAAAGGUCAUUGACCCUGCACUAAAACACUAUAAAUUGUAUCUCGGCAACAACAUAUGGUACAUGUAUGAUCUUGGUGUCAAAAUGCUCACAAUUGCAUUGGAAGUAGAAAAAAAUUAAGUUCUUGUGAUAUUGGAUAACAAAUUUAAUUUCCUGUGAUAUAGCAUAACAAAUUGACCGCCACAUAUGACCUCAAAGGUCAAAGGUCAUUAUUCGGAGCACCAUAUUAAAUCCAAAAACAACCACCCCAGAUAUAUACAUAUAACUCGAAGCAUGAAUGAGGUCUUUGUUUCUAGAGUGAUUAAUCAAAAACCUACUGAGAUAGGCCACCCUAGAUAAUAUAAACAACAUGAAUGUGUCGAUGAGGUCUUUGCUUCUGGAGUGAUUACUCAUAAAACCUAGUUUGCCUACAUGUACUAGCUGGACUAGUAACCCCAGUGAAAUGAGAUGUCCCAAAAGUUUCUUAUUAUUAAGGAGAGGAGUUUGGUGCUCCUUGCAGCGAGUCUGUUAUACAGCAGGGAAAGUGAUGUCGGCUGUAAUUAAGAACCAGUGGCAUCGCAUAGAAUUAUUGACUGCUUUCAUUUGAACAGUCAAGACUUAACUUUGGAACAAUACUGUCAAAUAACAAAAUUACCAAGAUGGAUAUAUGUGAAAUAUGUAGUGAGGAUUUUUCAGAAGUAGAAAAGCUACAGAGGUUGUACAGAAAGGGAUAUGAUAGUCUAAUAAAGCAGUGUAGACGUAUCAACGACUCUUCAUUAUUAGAGCGAUUGGAAACAAAAUGGACUAGCAACACUCCUAUGACAGUCCAUCGUAGAUGCCGAAGUCUUUUCUUGCAAAAGGAGCCAGAUGUUGAGGAGCAAGAUCAUGCGCCACGACAAAAGCGACAAAAGGUGUCUCAAGCUGUAAAUGAUGACAAAGAUCAUGGUAAGAUAGAGUAAUUUCUUACUUGAUUCAUGUAAAUUUCUUUAACAUUCCAAGCCCAUACCUGUUUAUAUUAUUAUGUGUGAAUUUUGAAUGUUUGAGCUUUGAAGUUAGUAUGGUGAUUUCAUGGGAUGGCAGCUAACUUUGUCUUUAUAAUAUUUUCAGGCCAGGGCUCUACUCGAUUUCCGUACAGUGAAAGAUGUUUCAUAUGCAAUGAGGACAUCAAUUUUGAUGAAAGACAUCCUAGUAGACAGCAAACCAUACAUCGAGCAUCAACUAUCACGCUCAAGAAAUCACUUCUGAGAAUCGCAAGUGAAAGAAAAGAUAGUAUUGGAAUGGCUGUGAAAGGACGCUUGGAAGGCAUGGCAGAUCUUGUAGCGGAAGAGGCUGUCUAUCAUAAUAAAUGCUACUGUUCCAUGUAUAAUGUUCCAGGGCAAAGUAAUAAACCAGGCAGGCCUGUAGAUAGUUGCAAGGAAAAUGCCUUCUACCAGCUUUGCGGAUGGAUUGACAGUGAAAUGGAAAGCGGUGUGUAUUCAGUAGCUCAACUGCAUGAACAGAUGAAAGCAAUAGUAGGUGAUGAAAUCCCAGUGUAUCAUGAGAGAUACUUGAAAGAAGCACUUGAGAGGUACUAUGGUGAUAGUAUAUUCAUCACUAACCAAGAACGUAAGAAGGAUGUUGUCUGCUUUAGAAGCUGCACAGCAAGCAUCAUCAGAGACUACCAUGAGAUGAAAACUGAUGAUGAAGAUGCAAAGAAAAGAGCCAUCAUCAAAACAGCGGCUUCACUGAUUAUCAAUGACAUCAAGUGCCUUAAUUUCAACAAAGAUGACUUUCCUUCGCUCAAAGAAAUGACAUCAAUAUAUGAGCUGCCAGAUUCUCUUGAACUGAUGUUAACAUGCUUAAUGCCUCAUUCAUUUGUUAGACGAAAUGUUGCAGGGCAGAAUAUCAUAUCUUCACAACGCCCAAGAUCAUCAAAGAUGCCUUUCCAGCUUGGCAUGAGCUUAUACCUUGAUCACAAGUUUGGUUCAAAUAAGCUGAUUGACGUCAUGCACAGGCUGGGUGUAUGUGAAAGUCAAAAAGAGACAGUGAACUACAAGUACACGUACAUUGACUUGACUAAUAACACAAAUGCAGCAUCAAUGGCAGUCCUUGAGAAGCAGGUAGAGCAACACAUUGGUGACAACAUGGAUCAUGAUUUGAUUACAUUAGAUGGAAAGUCAGGUUUUCAUGCCAUGGGGCAGAUCAAAGUUACCACUCCAGAAAAUGCCAAUGCACUUGAAGUUGAUGAGAAUAGGAAGCUGCAGAGGAAGCCAAUCGUGAAGAGUAAUACUCUGGCAAAUAUGGAAGGUCUGCAAAACUACGUGCCUCAACGAACAAAUGCUCUACUGGACACAAAACUCAUUAAGUAUGAAGAGCUUCAGCACAAAAUACCAGAAAGAUCCAUUCCUACAGAUGCAUCUGUCAUAGACUGGUACAAUGGAUGGGUAGAGGGAAGAACUGUUCAUCCUAACUUCAUGGGGUUCAUGCAUCAGAAAUACAACGGACUAGCAUUGAAAUCCUCCAUUGAGUUUCUGCGCAUCAUCAAUGCGAAUCCAAAUGACAUGCAGACAAUAUACACCACCAUCAUGAAAGCCAUUAAAGGAACAUACCAAUCCCCAGCAAUAAUAACAUUUGAUUUGCCGCUGUUCAUCAAGGCAUCUCAAAUUGUUAAGGAGCAGAAGUUAGACGUUGUUGUGAGGCUUGGAGGAUUUCACUUCCUGAAGAGUUACCUUGGUUGCAUUGGCUACAUCAUGGAAGGCAGUGGUUUGGCAGAAGCCAUGGAAGUAGUCUAUGGACCUAAUACAGUCAAGUACAUCCUGAAAGGUGCAGCAUACUCAAAGGCUCUGAGAGCGCACUUCUUAACAGAUGCUGCGCUGGUACAACACAUGAUGGGUGAAAGUGACAGCGAAAGUCUUGAUGAGAGACUCAAGGACUUGCAACAAAUGUCAAGAACUGCAAAGCUGUGGGUUCUGUACCACCAACUUGUAAGAACAGCGCAAGAUUUCAUACUAGCAGAAAGACUCCAUGAUUGGCACGGACAUCUGAAUGCCGUUUCUAAGAUGAUUGGUAUAUUUGCCGCAGCUGGACAUGGGCAGUACGCCAAAUUUGGACGCAUGUACUUGCAAGAGAUGCUUAGACUUCCAGAAGAUUAUCCUCGGGUGUAUGAAGCUUUCAUGGAGGGAAAUCACACAACACGUUACAGCGAUGAGCAAUUUUCUGGACAAUUUUCUGACCAGACAAUCGAAGAAACACUUAUGCGGAAAGCCAAGUCAAAUGGAGGCUUAACAAGAGGAAGAAUGCGUAACGAGAACUCUGUGAAAGUAUGGGCUGGCACGUUUUCACAUCUCAAGCUUCUGGGGGACCUGAUGGAAGAAAUGAUUGGUGGAAAGCGGAGUAAGAGGACCCACACAGACCUUGGGGCAAAGCGUCUAGAGAAAGACAGCCAGUACGUCAAGUCCAUAUCUGCAUGGUUUUCAACUCAUAACCCCUUCAUAGAGGUAAAAGACCCCAACACCAUUACUUCGCUGUCGAGUGGAGUAAUAACUACCGACAAGGCAGUUGUCAACUGCGAUGAUGCAGUGAGGAUAGGCCAUGAAAUGCAAGCGGAUCUUGAUAAUGAGUCACCAGUUAAGAGCAUAAGGACGUCAAAGAAAUGCAAAAAUCUGGCUGACCUUCAGAAGAAAGUAAAGGUAGGCGACAAGAAGAUCUACAUCGAAAAGACCCUUCUUUUCAAUAGAUUGAUUAUCAUGGCAGAGAGAGAUGAAGGGAUUGAACACAUAUUCAAAUUUGAGCUGACCCCGGUCCCAACAUCUCUCUUCACAAUGGAUCGCAUGAUGAGGAAACCCAAAAAGCAUGAAUUUGGCAAGAUGCUCAAAGAAGCAGCUACAAAACUUGACUUUGAUAUAGACAACAAGAUGCAUGUUGUUGAUGGAGGGUGGCUACUUCAUCAGGUAAAGUGGUCCAGUGGUGCAACCAUCAAGACUAUAGUCGAUACAUAUGUCAGGUAUGUUCAAAACAAAUUCAAAGAUGCUACUGUAGUGUUUGACGGCUACGGGGAAGAAUCGUCAACAAAAGAUCAUGAACAUAUGCGCCGGAUGGCUGGGAAGAAGAUUUCUCCGGACAUGAGCGUCACACCGGAAUUGACCAUAUCAUGUGACAGAGAGGUUUUCCUGGCAAAUGAGAAGAGCAAAGGAGCCUUAAUCACGAUGAUAUCUGCAGAGAUGGCAAGCCGCAAUAUCACUGUACGCCAAGCAAAAGAUGAUGGUGACACUCUGAUUGUUAAGUCUGCGAUGGACUUGGUCGAAAGUGUUAAUUCCCCAGUUGUUGUUGUCGCCCAGGACACUGAUAUUUUGAUAUUGCUCUGCUAUCAUAGGCCUGUCAACUGUACUAACUUAUAUUUACAAGCAGACUUUGAUGGUCUUUACGACAUCUCUAGCAUAGACAUCGGAGACCAAGAAGAGUUCCUCUUCAAAUAUGGCUGGUCUGGAAACGACACUGUUUCAUGCAUUCAUGGACAUACCAAAUGUGCUCUCUACAAAUGCAAAUUUCCUGCCAGUGUCAUUACUGCAUUCACAAGUAACACUUCAACAGACUCCACAGUUCGAACAGCUGGGUUAAGAGCGAUGCAGAUCACAUAUGGCUGUGGGGAUACUCCCCUUGAAAAAUCUCGCUAUUUGAAGUUCAAGAAGCAAGCAGCCAAGGGCAAAAUCGAUCCUGACCGCCUUCCACCAACGGAAGAUGCAACAGCUCAACAUUCCCUUCGUGUCCAUCUUCAAGUUGUGGUAUGGAAGCAUCUGGACACCGCUAUUCUUGAUCCGAAAGGAAGAGGAUGGGAGUUAGAUUCAAACAGAAAACUCAGACCAAAGAUGCUGUCUGUUGGUAUCGCGCCAGACAACCUUCUGAAAGGGAUUUGUUGCAACUGCAAAGAAGGGGAGAGGCAGUGUCAAACCAUGAAAUGCAGCUGCAUGAAAGCUGGCAUGUCAUGUGUAUCUGCAUGUGGAGUGUGCUGUGGACAUUGCUCUAAUGGAACAGAUAGCAUAGAUGCAGAAGAAGUUAUUGGUAGCGAUGAAGAGGAAACAGACUGAGUAUUAUUAAUUUAUAUAGUGUUGCCGAUAUAGUUAUUGUAAGUUCUAAGUUGUGAGUAGUAUUCUGCAAAUUGUUGAUUAUAAAUGCACAUAUACUCUACAUAUACUUUGUGUAUACAAACUAUUUGACACUAAUAAACUUUAACCCCCCCCCCCCCCUGCUCAUUUUGACUUUUUACCUCGUAUUUUGGUGGUGAAGAAUCCAUUUCAUAUAUUGUUUGUCUCCUAGUAUAAUUCUGUGCAUUUUGACACCAAGAUCAUCUAGGCCUAUGUAAAACAUGCUGUUGCGGAGAUACAAUUUAUAGUGUUUAAGUGCAGGGUCAAUGACAUUUGACCCUCAGAAAGGAAUUGUUCCCCUCCCCCUCUGGUCUCUGAAUAAAUAAUAACCCCCAUCCCCGCCACAAUAAGUUCAAAUUAGCCUAUUUGAUUUGUUUGUGCUCAUUUAUAUUAUAUAUGGUAAUUUUCCGGUCACUAAUAUGACAUUUUAGUGAUAAAACGUCUAUUUUUGACCUUUGACCUCAUUUUCGGAGGUCAGGAUUUUAAUCUAUGGGUCAGUAGUUAUUCUAUGUCAUCUUCUUUUGUAAUUCUGUGCAUUUUGACACCAAGAUC